GGGAAAGGCAAGAUGAGUAACGGCUUUAAUAGGCAGAUAUUGGAAGAGAAGCUGUCUAAACUGAAUAAUUCACAACAAUCUAUUGAAAACAGCUGUCCAAAAUCUGCUUAUUUUAGGGGGAGAACAUGAUCUGAGGUGUCGAGUAAUAUUAGUGAAAAAUAUCAGCUGCAUCUAUAUGGUUGUGUGCUAUCAUGAGUACUGGACUAGAUGAAGCAAAUGGCACGUAAUAACAAUGAGAUGCCUAGUAUUAUGUCAAUCUGCGCUGUCACAGUGGUGCAUUCUUCAUCGGAAGAAAGCUAACCAUAUAGUUGAAACCUGGGAAAAGUAUUUUAACAACUCUCCUAAUGAGCGAAGGAUUCCUUUCCUUUAUCUGGCAAAUGACAUCCUACAGAAUAGCCGACGGAAAGGGAGCGAGUUUGUGAAUGAAUUCUGGAAGGUACUUGCAGGAGCUAUGAAGAGUGUAUAUGCAAAUGGCAACAGCCAUGGCAAGCAUGAAGUGAUUAGGCUUGUGACCAUCUGGGAUGAGCGAAAAGUUUUUGGAUCUCGGGGCCGAGGCCUUAAGGAGGAAAUUUUUGGAAAUGAACCUCUUCCUGUGUUGGAGAAUAGUGGAAAAAGCUCCCAGUCUAUUAAAAUAGUGAAGAAAGAUUCCCAUUCAAUGCGAGUCAAAUUGGCUGUUGGAGGAAUGCUGGAAAAGAUAGUAACUGCAUAUCAACCAAUACUUGAUGAACAUUUAACUGAAGACACUACUUUGAACAAAUGCAAAUCUACUGCUAGUCUAUUGGAAAAGAUGCAGAAAGAUGUUGAUGAUGCAUGCACUCAAGAUCAUCAAAACGUGCCGCAUGUGUUGAACAAUCUCCAAGAGCAGGAAACCAUUUCUGAAACAGUGUGUCGAGAAACUCGAAAAUGUUCAGGCCUCAAGAGCUGCUUUGAUUCUUCUGCUGAAAGAUGCACUUCAUGAGCAGGAAUCGAGGAUGGAGCUUGUUAGCUCUCACUUACAAGUUGCUAAGAAUGAGACUGAACAUCUUGGUAAUUUGAAGCACAAACUUAACUUACUUUCAGUGGCACUGAAUAUGCCGGUUCAACCAGCAACUUCAAUGGCAACAUCCAUGAGCAGUCCCGACGGAAGAUAACAAGAAAACUGCUGCCGCCAUUGCAGCAAAGCUGGCCGCCUCUACUUCCUCUGCACAGAUGCUUGUUUCUGCUUUGUCAACCUUGGUUGCCGAAGAAGCUGCGUCUGUGAAAAAGCCAAAGCUAGAGACACCCGUGCCUGCGCCCAUGCCUGAAAUGGCAAACCCGUACGUAGUGCAAGGGCAACAGCAGCAGCCGGCACUGAAUCCUCUAAUGGUACAAAUCAACCAAAUACCACAAUUUGCUCCGCCUCCGCCGCCGCUUCCUCCACGACCUCCGCCACCAGGAAUUCAGCAAUUCAACCCGCCCAGCAGCGGGCCCAUGUUCGGGAUGCCAAUGCCACCGCCGCCACCUUUCACCUUCGGAGGUAAUGUCAUACCACCGCCGCCACCUUUGUCAUCCCAUCCAUUGAUGAGCGGACCAAGAUCGAUCCCACCGCUGCCUCUGCUUCCACCUCCACCGCAGCAACAGCAGCAAUCAGUGCAAGCGGGAUUUCACCCGCCUCAAGGGAUCGGUUUCUAUGGCCAGCCACAAACAGCUCCGGCUUCCCGGCAAUGAGUCAUUGAAAUCCGAAAACCGUCUUUCAAUUGAUUGGAAAUGUAGAUUAGCACCUGAUGUAUAUUUGACAUUCCUGAAAGAAAGCCAGAUGAUGCUGUUGAAAAUGCUGCAAAAGGCCAUUGAUUUUGGCUCAUGUCAACCUUUACAAAGGUAGUCUUUCAAGGAAAAUACCAAACAUCAUUGUAAACAAAAAUUAUAUAUUGGAUCAGAAAUGUUCAGUGCU